CAGUCUUUGUUCGAGGAGGAGCAGGGUGCCGGUGUCUGACUGCGCUUAGCGGAGCUCAGAGAUCCCGGCCUCGAGCAAAUGCCCCGGGCAGCGCCUGGUCCGGAUGUGUGCCUGGAGCUGUCAGUGUUCUCUACUGCAGAGUGAGGACAAGAAAGCAGACCAAGGCAGCCUGGAGGACCUCUCCAAAGAGAAGGGCAUGGAUGAGCCCGACCGUGCCCAGCCAAGGUCCCCGCAGCCCUCCGAGCCCGUUGGAGUUCAGCGGAGAUCACCUCUGAUCAGGAACCGCAAGACGGGGUCGAUGGAGGUGCUUUCUGAAUCUUCUUCCAAAGGUUAUCGCCUCUUCAGCACUUACUCCAGGCAAGCUUCUGAGAUGAAGCAAAGUGGCUUAGGAAAUAUCCCAGGAUUCUGUUUUGGAAAUAGAGAAGACUACUACCGUACUGGACUUGACAACAAAAUUUGAAGCGUAAUCUCAUCAGGUUUAAUUUCAAGUUCUUGCCAGACUAGCCUCACUGGGAGGUCUUUGCUGAUCAUUCACCCAGCUGUGAAGCUCUGCGGAUGGAAGAUUUUGGGUGGGAGUUGAGCGAGCAGAUCUGGGGCUCUGUCUGGAUACUCAGUCACCAUUUUCCCCAUGGAGACUUGUGGCUGCGUGCAAGGAAGGGUUGAGCUGGUGUGCUGCAACACCAGGCUGCACAAUUUCUGCUUAUCAGAAUGUCUGUUUCUGUGAAUUUCUCUCAGCCCGUGAGCUGCUGAAAAGAAUGAUGCUUCUUUGUUUGUGAAAACCAAGCUCUUGAAGGAAUUUUCCUUUCCUGUUUGCUUUAUAGAAGUCUAAUGUCUUCUCCCUUUAUGAUCUGAGGUGCGCUUUCUCUCUUGGAUAAAGUAUAUAGAACCCACGGGAUCCUAAACAUUGGCUUCAAUGCUUGUCUCAGCAGCUGUGCUGUGAGGUGAUUCAUUCAGAUGCUGCCUGCUGUUUCUGAGCUUUUCUGAAGUUCAGAGCCUGACCUUGCCAGGGUCUGGCUGUUGUUAUCUCAGAGGGAACGUGUGCAUCUCUUCGGAUAUUCCCUCGCAUAUUGAGCCAUUUUGGAAGGAGAAGCCGGGCAGAGCUGUUGCCUUGUUGCCAUAUCUGCCAGAAUUGUGUCUUCGUGGUAAUUCAGAAAUGCCUUGAAAUGGCUGCUGGGAAGAAGCGAAGGCUGCAGCUUGCUUUGUCUGUACAGCAUGUUGCUUUGGAGUAUACUUUGUUUUUCUGGAUAGGAAGAAGUGCAUCAUCGUGGACUGUCUGCAGUAGUGUGUGUACUUCUAGCUCUAGAAGCAUAGGGAUGUUUCAGUGCCUGUGCCUUUCUCUGCUUGCAGAGCACUUUGAAAUGGGAUAAAAUCACUCCUUGCUGUUAAAGAGGUGAUAUAUUGCCAGUGGGGCUGGCAGCUUUGUGCUGAGACUUUCACUCCUAGUGAGAGUGAAUCAAGAGAUAUCCUUUUUUAAACAUCUGAAACAUUGAAUAUACAUCUGAAAGUUAAAUAUGCAAAAAUGAUCCAGCAUGUUAUGUUAUUCCUUGUAAGCACUGCUACAUCUUAGAUCCAACUUGCUAGGUGUCCUUUAGGAUGUGUGCUUGUUUGUUUAAUUUGGCUACAGUGAGUUCACUGUAGACAAUUGCUGUCAUCCAUAGAGUCACGCUUGUAAAUUCUGUUUGUGUUUAAGGGUGCUAACAAAGUGCCUUUGUCUACUGUAUGAUUACAAACACUUGGCUGUCCUUAGUUUAAUGAUUAGUGGCACAAGAUGGCAAAUGAGAAAAAUCUAUAGUUACAUUUUCAUCUGCCAGUAAAUAAGUCUUGUCUUUUGUUGCUGUUUGUUUGUUUUAAACCAUGACAGUAUGGCUCUGAGCAUCACGCUGGCUGCCACUUGACAAAAUUUUGUCUGCAUUCUGAUGGAUUCCUGUUCACGCUGAGUCGCCACUGAGCUUCCCGUUACUGGGAUUAGGAGAAAUGUUCUCAGACUUGUGUAUCAGUUACCCUGCAGGCAAGAGCUGUUUGCUCUUUGUCCAAGGACAAAACAUGCUGGUCUGCCUAGUGGAAAGCCACUAGCAGUGUUACAGUGGUGGAGUUGCUUAGUUCAGUGCAUAUGACAAUUCUUUUUGUCAGCCUCCACAGUUCUGAGAAGCAGAUAUCAGCUGAGACUGAACUUACACAUCAAUAACCCAAAGCUCAGGAUCUUUUUUUUUUUUUUUUUUUUUUCUCCAAAGAGACUCCAGUUAAAAUGCUGAUUUGUAGUAAAGACCUGGCAUCCUCCUGGGCAACAAAUGGAUGUGAGGCAGUAGCAUGUCCUUCAACCAGAGAAGGCAGAUGGCUUGCUCUCUCUGCCAGGUUAAUAGGACUGCAGCCAGCAGGCUGAGGAAGCUGGUCCUUCCCCUCUAUGCAGCAUUUGUGAUGCUGUGUCUGAAAGAUUGCUGCCUGCGUUGGGCUCCCUGGGUGACGAAGGGCAGGGGUGCAGCAGGCGUCAGCCCAGGGCAGAGCAGCGGGGGGCUGUGGAGCUGCAGCCCAGAUUGGUGGAGACCUUAAUGCUGUUCAGCCACCUGAGCAGGAGAUUACAGAGGAGUCAGAGAAACAUGAGAAACAACAAAUAGAAGUUGCAACACAGGGAAUUCCAAUUAACCUUGAGGAAUUAAUUCUUCACCAUAAGCAUGCCAAAUAUUGGGACAGGGCUUGGAAUCUUCCUGUGAUCUCCUUCCUUGAAGGUAUGCAGACUGGACACAUCCUAGCAAGCUGAUCCAAGCUGGAAGCCUCACAGGGUUUCCUUCCAGCCUAAAUCAUUCCAUGUUUUAGGAUCAAGAGCUGCUUCCACGAUAGGAAGAAUUUAUUUCUUUUAACAGUAGUGACAGAUGCACUGUUCCACUUAAAUACCAGUAGGCAGUAUGUCAGGCUUCUUGUCCUGGUAAAUGAGGUAGAGCAAGAUCAACCUGCUUGUUUCUGGAAGCAAGGUAUGUGGGAGUAAUGUUUUUAGCAGAUGGUAUUUACAGAAUGUAGUAUCAAGGCAGCUGAACAAGGAAUUUAUAGACAAUCAGUGGUUUUAUCUUUCCAAUAAUAAGUUGUGUGGUUUUUUUUCCCUCACACAGAAUUGCUUUCUGUGGUUGAAAGAGUCCUGUUUCAAAUACCCAGCCGUUCCCAAAUAUCACAUAAUAUCAAGUGAAAAAUGCUGUGCAAACACCAGCACUUAGUGGAGCUCACAUGCACUCUCCUGUGCGUGAGAAUGUAAUGCGUGCCUUCUUCCUUACCACAGGGUAAGCAAAGCUCCACGCUGUGUGCGCGGUCAUUCACAGGACACUUGGGCUGACUCUGGAGUCAGUGGGUGUGAAAGAAAGCUCUCUUGUCCCAUUGCUUUCCUUACUGAUUGACAGAGUGAUUAAUCCACAUUUGCAGCAACAGUUUCAACACCCUGAAGUGCAUUAGAUAUAGGUACCUCUUUCUGC